UGGUGGUGCGGCCGGACGGUCUUGCUGGUUGCACAGAAGAUGGCGGCGGCGUACUGUUGACGGGAGCGGUGCGACUGAACGGCCCAAGCUUUGAAAUCGAGGCGCCCGGAGGCAGCCGCCGUUUGAAGGGGGAUUUUGAUUUUAUUUUGUUUAAUUGAUUCGGUUUGUCUCGGACACCGCUCGUGGUCAUGAUUUGGAGGUGUUGGACCGGGGCGGGGACAUCCUGAUCGCUCGGAUCGCGGAGGUGGCAGCACUGUUAACACAAAAUGAACGUGCUGAAUGAAAUUUCCAAGGAGACAGUGGCACGGCCACUGAGCCGGAGCGAAGUGCUGGGGAUGCUCUUCCGUCUCACUUUGUUUGGUGCUGCCACAUACUUUGGUAUCAAAUGGAUGGUGGAUACCAUAGAUCCGACACGGAGACAGAAGUUGGAGGACAAGAAAAAGGCAGCAAAGCUAAUGAAAAAGAUUGGUGUGGAAGGGAUCAAGCUUUCAGAACAUGAAUUGACAAUAGCGUCUCAUUUGGUGGAUCCCAGAACACUGAAGGGGGUGACGUGGCGGGACAUUGCUGGGCUGGAUGAAGUUAUUACUGAAUUGCAAGAAACAGUAAUUCUCCCAUUCCAGAAGAGACACUUAUUCCGUGAAUCCAAACUCUUGCAGCCACCGAAAGGUGUGUUGCUGUAUGGCCCUCCUGGUUGUGGGAAGACCCUCAUUGCUAAAGCUACGGCAAAUGUCUCCGGCUGCCAUUUCAUCAACAUGCAGGCCUCCACAUUAACUGAUAAAUGGUAUGGAGAGUCGCAGAAGCUGACAGCUGCCGUCUUCUCUUUGGCUGCAAAAAUUGAGCCUUGUAUUGUCUUCAUCGAUGAAAUAGAUUCCUUUCUGCGGAACCGCUCCUGUAGUGACCAUGAGGCAACAGCCAUGAUGAAAGCACAGUUCAUGAGCCUGUGGGAUGGAUUGAGCACUGACGCAGAUUGCCAGGUGAUUGUGAUGGGCGCUACAAACAGACCUCAGGAUGUAGAUCCGGCCAUCUUGAGAAGGAUGCCCAGUACGUUCCAUGUGGACCUGCCCAGGCAGCGACAGCGGCAUGAGAUUCUGAAGUUGAUCCUUUCUGGUGAGCGUUUAAACAGUGAUGUGAGACUGAAAGAAAUAGCAGAGAAAACGGCCGGUUACUCAGGCAGUGACCUACGGGAGCUUUGCCGAGAAGCAGCCUUGCACCGGCUCCGUGACUUUGUUCGGAAGGAGCAAAUGCAUUGCAUUGAGAGACAGCUGCAGGCGGAUGACUACAAGGAAAGUGACCUCUGGUAUCGUUCUUUGCCUCUUCUAACGGAUUACGGCACAAGCUCCACUGAUGAGGGUCUCCGAGCAAUCACUCAGACAGACCUCUACCUGGCCUUGGAGAAGUUGAAAGAAUCAAAGGCAGGAACUAAUGUUCUGAUGCUGCAAGACACUCCUCUGGACUGAACGGAGCACAUAAGGAGCGACACUGAACAAUGGGUUUUACACGUGCAAGUCGCUUUCUUUUGUUUUCGAGGCAAUUCCGUUGACUUCUACAUAAUCCAGUUCACUUUCACAACUGGUCUAUUCUUCCCUUGUGAAAUUGGACUCUGAAGAGAUGCUGAGCAACCAACAGCCCUCCUUUCUUUCUGGCGAUCAGACACCCCCACUACUGGCUUCAUGAGAAGUAGUGUGAUGUGCGCUGACAGUGAAGUGACUCAACCUCGUGCAAAACCUCAUUUGGCCUCGGAUGUGUCGAAAAGACUGGCAGUUGUUGUCUCACCUCGCAUUUCAGUAGAGAGCUGUUAAGUAGCUAGAAGUGAGGUUGGCUGAGCUAUGUUUUCCGAUCCGGUCUCCUUUCCAGCAGUGCUGCCAAUGCCAUCUACUGUCUUACCAAAUGUGAUCUUUUCUCAGUGGCUGAGCUGGGGUAUUGCGUACCGUCAAGCUAUUUUGAUGCUGGAUAGGUGAUACAGCAUGGCCAAGACUGUAUAAUAGGAGCAGGAAGCCUGCACUAUUGCUUCCCUAUCUAAUUCCCCAACCCAAGUGGCGAUGUUGGAGAGGGGCAGAGCCGGAUGUGGUGGAGCUUAACAUUAUUGAAAUGGGCGUUUUGUUCCAGGUGCUGUGUCAAGGCCAACGCGCCCCCCCCAUGGCACUGUUGUGGCCUGUCUUAAAAGAGCAGCAGGAACGUCUGUGUCCCUGGCCAGCGUUCCUCUCCUGAUCAAUAUCACAAAAGUUGUAAUUUAUCUUGCUACUGUUCAGGAGUUACUGUUGUCUGAAAAGUGGCUGGUUUUGCAAUCUCCACUGAUUGGAGCAUUUCAAUAGAGCAUUAGCUUAACUCACUGGAAAGUGCUUUCUUUUUGCAUUCCAAGCUGAGAGUUUGACAUGGCAGAGGCAUGAGCACACCAUUCAGGCUGGCACCUUUGUUCACUGCUGAAGGAGUGCUGCCCUGUUGAAUGUGCAAUCUUGUACACAGGGUGUUCAAACCAAAGCCUUGUCUGUCCUUUGUGGAUAGAUGCUAUAGAUCUAUCAGCAGUAUUCACAGAAGGCGAACUGUUCUCCUAGAUAAAAUGAUCUUUUUCCAUUUGUCAUCACAAAUUAGUGGGCAAAUUAGCUGCUAUGUUUCUUACAUUCCAGCAAUAACUAUGCUUCAUUUGGUUGGAAAGCACUUUUGGAUGUUAGUUCAAUUGAAAUGCAUCUCCUAUCUACUAACAGAAAUUAAUUUAUCAGUUCCAUUUAUUUUCCUCUUUGAUCACUUCAUGAGGAAUUACCAACUACUUCUGUGUUUCCAACUUCACCUUUUUGUUUAUAGCUGUCUGUAUAAUACAACGUGUGGCUCAGUUUCUCAGACUGCUGAUCAGACUGGUAUGUGGUUCAGUCCUUUUGGGGUGUAUUCACGAUCAAUCUCCUCCUACCUAUAGUGGGGUUGUGGUUUGGACCUUUUGGCAGAGACUGAAGGUGGAGAAGAAGAGCAUUUACCUGACAAACCCCAUCCUGACUUUAAAGAUCUCCAUCAGUUCACCUCUCAGUCUUCCCUUUUUUCCAGAGAGGAUGCCCUCUCAAUUCUUGAAUGUUUUUUAAAUGUUGUUGAGUACAUCUGUGUUUUGUUUGUAAUGUGGAAACCUGAACUUUGUACAGCACUCUGUGUGAUAUAACCAAGAUUCUGAAUGAGUUCAUCAUAACUAACCUGUUUUUGAAUUAGAUUUCUCUGAACUUUGUCAUCCUGUGUUUGCACUUUUGAUGAUUUUUGAACCUGUGUACCUAGUUCCCUUUUAUACCUUUUAUGCUGUUCCAACGACUCUCUUUUUCUCAGGAUUUCUCCUGUCAGAAUGGUGCCCCUCCAAUUUGCAUAGUCAGCCCAAAUCUCAUUCUGUUAGCUCACAAGAAAAAGGGUGGCUAAUUUGCUGGGUAAUUGGAGAGUGACCACGAAUGCAGCUCGUGUCAGCAUCUUGAUUAGGGCUCAGUGAUGAAUAGUCAUGCAGUUAUCCGCAUCUUUGAUUUCCCUAAGUGGUCUCACCUGAGCACUGAAUGGAUAAACCUCAUUUCCUUUUCUUCAGUCUCUGACAGUCACAUUAAAGUCAUGGUUUGAACUGGGAAAACCUGAUGUUAGGACCGCUAUCUGGGUGUGCACGUAAAAUAGGUCGGAAAGUGGUGUGGGUGUUAACAAUGGGGCACUAAUGAAAUAAUGAAUCAUAAUAGGUUAAAUUACCUUUCUCAUCUGGAUCAGUUAUGUGAUUUAAAGGGUUAAACUGCAGUUUCAAUAAAUCUCUGCAAACUUUAACUCUUGAAUCUGUGCUCUGAGAUACGCUUGUUCAGCCCUCAUGACAAAAAACAUUCUGGUAAUUUAUAAUGAAAUAAAAACUGGAAUUAAUUUUUUUUUUUUGCCAGAGCAAAACCCAUGCAUGAGGGUUCGUUUUUAGCAGGUCUUCAGUCACGUGCUGUAGCCAGCAGCAUGACCAAGUUGUGCCACUCUCAACUAAAUGGAAGAAAAGCUGUUAACCAGUUCAGAAAACCUGAGUGAGUCUGAUACGACAAGGCCAAAUAUGAAAGAAAGAUUACAUCUUACAGCCUAAUUUUAUAUCGAGUUACUUUGUCAUUAACAUUUUUACUGUACUGUCUUGUAAUUUGGGUUUUCAAAUUUCGAACAAAUCCUUAACCGAAAUUCUGUGACCCCCACGUAAUUCUCUGAAGAUCCAACUUUAUGAUGAGAAGUUGGUAUCGAUGAGAAUGUUCACUUAAUAUCUUCAUAAGCAAUUACUAGCUAACUUUAUUUAAAGAGAAGAGUGUUCAUUUGUGAUGUGGUCAAGUCAAAGAAAUGUUGGCUACUUGGUGGGGAGUGCAGGGAAAGAAAGUCUGUUCAGCAUAAUUCAGUGUGUCAAUAUUUUUCAAUCACUUCCCCUGACUUGAGGUUUUUGCAGACGCGAGCAGAUUUUGAUGCAGCUGAAAACGGGAGACAAAAAGACGAAAAUUAGUGCUCCUGGUGUUGUGAAUGAUCCUCCAAUAUUGCACUGUUUGGGGUGAAAGCCAUGCAUCUCUGCAAUGAUGUGCACAUGUUGCAGAAGUUGAGUAGAAACAUUUAUUGCCAGUGUUGAUUUAUUGUUUAAACAUGCUUAUAAUUUAGUGAUUUUUUUUUAGCUCAGGUUGAUGAUAAGUAUAUAAGUUAGGUCGCUGAGCCUGAUGGCUUUCAAACAUUUUGUCACCCAUGCUAGGUAACAUCUCCGGCUUCACUGGAGACACUCCAUGAUGAUGUUACCUAGUAUGGUGAUGAAAUGUCUGAAAACAAACCUUCAAGCUCAGCGAGCUAACCUACGAAUGUUUAUAAUUUGCUAUCAUUGACAAUAGCUGGGAAAGGAAAUGUUGUUUUGGCUGUUUUGUUAUGAACGUUCCGUAGUUUACCAUGUUUUCCAUUAAAUUAUUUGUGUGAAAUAUUGUUACGAAAUAAACAGAGCUCAGUUUUGUUGUUUAAGUCAUUUCAAUUUUAAACCAAUGUGGUGGAAAUGCUCAUCAUCUGCAGAGGAAGGAACAGAAUUGAGGUUUUAAAUCCAAUAUUAUUCUUCUGAAGAAGCAUCAACUCUGUUUGUUGCUCCGCAGACGGUGCCAGAUCUGUGGGGGAAUUUCCAGCACAUUUUGUUGUUAUUUCAGAUCUCCAGCAUCUGCAGUCUUUUGCUUUGAGAUUAUCCAGGGUGUGUGGCUUGUGGUAAUCUGAAGGCAGUGUUAUGCUGUGGAACAAGAAGUGUGUUGUUUUGUUGCUAACCUAACAUGUUUGUUUUUCAGGCCAUAUGCUUAACUGCUGUGAACAAGUGUGGUCUAUGUGCCAUGGGGUCAAUUGAAGAAUGUUAAUUUUCCAUGAGAACUUGUAAAUCCAUGUUGUCAAGAUAGAUAUUUCUUGCUGACUUUGUAUUUCUUAUACUUUAUGAAAGGAAUUUGAAUAGUUACAUGUCUAACAACAUGUGGCAAUCAAAAUAAAAUGUAGAUAGGCUGGAAGAACACCGUAAGCCAGGCAGCAUUAGGCGAUGGACAAGUCCAUGUUUCAGGUGCUUAUACCCAAAACGUUGACUUCUCCACCUCCCUGAUGCUGUCUGGUUUGCUGUGUUCUCCAGCCUUCUGCCUGUUUAGUUUGGAUUCCAGCAUCUGCAGUUUUUUUUGUCUCUAAUCAAAAUACAAUGUCUGAGAAUGCUUAACACAGUAUCAAAUAAAUCCUGUUUUUUUUUGAGAGUUUGAGCCCAAAAGUAAUAAAUCAGGACAGUAGGCCUGAUGUUGUAGGGUUUUAGUCGUGUCUUCAAAGAGCGAAGAGAGAGAGAAAGGUGGAGAGGUUCAGGAGAGUUUAUUACCAGGGCAUCUUAAGCUGCCAGUGAUGGACCAAUUAGAAUCUGGCAUGUGCAGAAGGCCAGAGUUGGAGGAAUGUGAAUAUCUUGGAACAUUGUGAGGUUGGAGGAAAUUACAUUGAUGUGUGAGGGGUUUGAGAGGACCAUGAAGGUAUUAUUUGGAUGGCAAUACAUUGGCUAAGGGGAAGACUCGAUGAGGCCUGGGUAUCCUUGCACACCAGUUGCUGUAAGUAAGCGUGCGGGUACUGCAGGUGGUGAAAAAAGGCAAAUGAUAUUUAGGCCUUCAAAAUGAGACCAUUUCAGUGCAGAAGCAGCAAUGUCUUAGUGCAAUUGUGCAGGGCUCUGGUGAGACCACACAGGUAGGAUUGUGUAGGAGUAUUCUGUGCAGUUUUGAUCUCUUUAUUAGACAUUCUGGCUAUUGGGACAGUGAAGUGAAGGUCUACCAGACUGAUUUCUUGGAUGGUAGGAUUGAUGUAUGAAGAGAGACAACACUGGUUAGUGCUACGUUCACUGGAGCUUAAAAGCAUCUGAUGCACACAUGGGCGUUCCAGUUCAGGAUUCUCGAAAGGUUACCAUGCAGGUUAACAAGCAGUUAGGGAGAGAAAUGUAAUCUUAACAUUGAUUUCGAGAGGUCAAGAAUACAAGCCUAGAGCUGUGCUGCUGGGGCUGUAAAACCUCUGAUCAGACCACAAUUUGGCACAGUGUGAGCAGUUUUGGGCCCCGUGUCUCAGGAAGGGUGUGCUGGCAUUAGAAGGGGUCAACAGGAAUUUUACAAUGAACGAUUUGUCAAAUAAGGAGCAGUUGAGUAUUCUGGGUUUGUGCUCUGUGGAGUUUAGAAAGAUGAGGGAGGAUAUGAUCGAAAAUGUACAGAACACGAAAGGCCUGAUAGAGUGGAUGUGGAGAAGAUAUUUCCACUGGUAGGAGAAACUCGAACCCAAGGGCACAGCCUUUGCGUAAAGGGACAAUUGUUUCGAGCUAAGAUAAUGAAUAUAUUUUUACCCAGAGGUGAUUCAUCUGUGGGACUCAUUGCUGCAGAAGGCGAUGGAGGUGAAGUCAUCAAGUGUAUUUAAGACAAGGUGGGGGUUUUUUUUGAUUGAUAUGGGGAUCAUAUUGGUUUGGGAGAAGGCAGGAGAACAGGGUUGAGAAAUAUAUCAGCUGUGAUUGAAUAGUGGAGCAGAUUAAUUCUGUUCCGAUAUCUCAUGAUCUUAAUAAUGAGGAGGAAUCUUGUAGACGCCGAUUAAAAUUCUACGCUCUAGACCAGUUUAACGCAGGAAGGAUGUUCUUCGUGACCAGAGAAUCCAGAACCAGGGGACACAGUCUAAGGAUACAAGGUAGGCCAUUUAGGACUUUGAUAUGAAAUAUCUGCACCGAGAGUGCGGUGAACUUGUGGAAUUUUUUAUCAUACAAUGCAGUUGAGGUCAAAACUUCUGAAUGUUUUCAAGAAGGAGUGAGAUCUAGCUCUUGUGGCUAAAGAGAUCAAAGGGUACCGGGCAAAAAUGGUACAGGGUACUGAGCUGGAUAAUUGGCCAUAAUCAUCGAAUGGUGAGGCAGACUCAAAGGACUAAAUAGACUUCCCCAUUUUCUUUGUUUCAAUGUUUGAAUAGUAGAUGGUGCUUUUCCAUGCUCAAGCAUUUCAGCUGGAAUUGUUCGUUGCUGUGUCACUUAGCUUAUUAUGAAAGAGAUCCUUUUGAGCUUGAGUAAUGAGGAUUCUUUGGGUCUAAUUUAAGCAGGACAGGGAAAUUGAGGACAGCAUAAACUACAGAGUGGGAACGGAGUCAUACAGCCCAAUAUGUCAGUGCCCAGCUGGUUUCCUCAAUGGAAUUUGUUCCAUUUGCCUAUAUUUGGCCCAUAUCCCUGUAAACCUUACCUAUCCAUGUACCUGUCCAAAUGUCUGUUGUAAUUGUCCUCACCACCUCCACUUAGUUUGGCAGGUUAUUCCAUAUGUGCACUAUCCUCUAAGGAAAAAGUUGCUCCUCAGGUCUGUUUUAAAUCUUUCCCCUUUCAUCUUAAACCUAUGCCCUCUAGACUUGUUC